UCACCAAACGCUCCCCAUGCAGCGCAGACUAAACUUUGACUCGGAUUCUCGCUCGUCUUUGUUCGCUGCUCUGGACCGGUCCGCUUCGCUCCGGUCAGCAGCGGCAGCGCGAAGGGAGCAGACCGCGAAAAGUUUGAGACCGGGCUCAGAGAGGGGGGAGCCGAGACCCGGAGACCCGGAGACCCGGAGACCCGCUCCUGGUGCACGCUGACGGCGGAGUGUUGAACUUCCAGAGCGGCUCCAAACACGAGAGAGCAGCGGGACGAUUGUGGAAGGGGUGGCGGGGCUGCGCGACGGAGCCCCGGUGGCAGCCCGGAGCCCUGAGCUCCUCCUCGGUGAAUUUUUAGAGUUUCCGAGGGAGCAGCGGACUCGGAGACGCAGAGAGGACAGUAAUCCUGAAUGAGAGCUCCGGGAGUUUGAGCGGAGACGGAUCCGGACUGCAGCGCUGUGCGUAAAUGUCGGAUUGAGGAGAGUUUGGUUUCCAGCAGAAGGAGCAGGACGCACAUGGACGGACUGGUCCACUGUGGGCACACGGUCCGGUUCUGACCUGGUUCUGACAGAGGGAAAAUGAAACUUUUGGACAGUUUGUCCCCCUGGACGUGGAUUUGUAGGAAUCGGCCGGUUUUUAAGCACAGCCCGUCGCGGUGAAGAUUUUCCGUCCUCACACGUGAAGAGUGGUUCCCGCGACAUGGAUUAUUUUCACCCUUCCCGCCGGGAAAUCAUCAGUUAAACGCCGAUAAUCGAUCGAUCUCCCGCGUGGAUCCAAACCGAAUCAAUCAGCAGUUCUCAGGUCUCCUGAUCACCCGCGGCCGCAGAGCGUUUGAUGCGUUUCGGCUCUGGUUCUGGUUCUGGUUCGCUCAGAGCUGAAGAGAAGAGACGCGGAUGUUCGCCGGGACGCAGCGCGCCGCGCCGCCGCACAUGGAGCGCUCCGGGCGGGCACCGCUGCUGCUGCUGGUCGGCCUGCUGCUCCGGCUCUGCGCCGCCGUCACCGACGACCGCAUCAUCUCCGACCGGUACGCGGUCUACUGGAACAGCUCCAACCCCAGGUUCUUUCGGGGCGAGUACACGGUCGAGGUGGCCAUCAAUGACUACCUGGACAUCUACUGUCCUCACUACGAGGGGACGGAGGCGGCCGAACGCAUGGAGCACUACGUGUUGUACAUGGUGAACUACGACGGGUACACGACCUGCGACCACCACAGGAAGGGCUUCAAACGCUGGGAGUGUAACCGACCGCAGAGCCCGAACGGACCGCUCAAGUUCUCCGAGAAGUUCCAGCUGUUCACGCCCUUCAGUCUGGGCUUUGAGUUCAGGCCGGGACACGAGUACUACUACAUCUCGUCUCCACAUCCAAACCUGGCCGGGAAACCUUGCCUGAAGCUCAAAGUCUACGUCAAACCAACCAAUGACUCGGUGUACGAGUCUCCGGAACCCUUCCUGACGGACGACACCACCGGCGGCUGCGGCCUCGCUCUGCCCCGCCUCUCCCUGCUGGUCGCCAUGUUGCUGGCCCUGCUCCUCAUCCUCUUCCUCGCCUCCUCAUAGCACCUCCUCUUCACCCCCCUCCCGUCGCUCCGGGGAGAAACUAAUCCAGCUCCCUCUCCCUGACCUCUGACCUUCACAUGAACUCCAACCAGCAGCUCGGCCAA